AAAAUAAUAGAUAUACUUCCCAACCCUUGUUCCCUUUCUGAUAAAUUUCAGUCAAACAAUGAGUUAGAUAAAAGAAAAAAUGAUGCACUUUUAAAGGAAUCAAUUAAAGGCUGGCGGCAGAAAAAGCUUUCAUUCCAGAGGUUUAAGAAAAGAAGGAUUUAUUCAAGAAUAAUGUCACUUGAAGAUAAGUUUUCAGACUGUGUUCUGGAUGAGUCAUAUCCUGACACAAUACUUAAAAUGGAUAUUCCAAAAAGAAAUGAGGACCAGACUGUGGAUAUAGUAGAAACAAAAGAAUAUUGCCAAAGUUCUAGUGAUGGAUCUAUGAAUUCUUCUGAAGUUUGGAAUUGGAGAAAUAGAAAUGAUCCAAAAAGAAAUAAAGAUAAAGAAAAUUCAAAUUCUACUAAUGGAUUUCGGAAGAAUUCCUCUUCAUCUUCUGAUCAGCCAAAUUGGAGAUGUAAGAAAGAGGAGCAGACUGUAGAUACAGUGGAAACAAAAGAACAUUGCCAAAGUUCUAGUGAUGUGUCUAUGAAUUCUUCUGAAGGAUGGAAUUGGAGGAAUAAAAAUGAUCCAAAAAGAAAUAAAGAUAAAGAAAAUUCAAAUUCUACUAAUGGAUUUCGGAAGAAUUCCUCUUCAUCUUCUGAUCAGCCAAAUUGGAGAUGUAAGAAAGAUAUAAGAAGAAAUAUAGAUAAAGAAAAUUCAAAUUCUACCAAUAGAUUUCGGAAGAAUUCCUCUUCAUCUUCCGAUCAGCCAAAUUGGAGAUGUAAGAAAGAGGAGCAGACUGUAGAUACAGUAGAAAUAAAAGAACAUUGCCAAAGUUCUAGUGAUGUGUCUAUGAAUUCUUCUGAAGGAUGGAAUUGGAGAAAUAAAAAUGAUACAAAACAAAUUUCCAACAGAAAUAAAGUUAAGGAAAUAGCGAGACCUAUUAUUUCCUUUCCUGAUCAAUGUAGCUGGAGAAAUAAAAAAGGAUUGGGCGCAGAUGAAAUGUAUCUAAGCGCAGAAAAUCAACUGAAUUCCAAAAAGGGAUUUUUAUAUGAAGAUGAGCAACGAAUCAGAGGAUUUUGGUGUUUAAAAUGCGACUCUGGACGGAGCAGUGAAAAUAAUUUAUCAGAAGCAGAUAUGAUAUGGUCAGCCGUGACAGAUCUAUACAAAGAAAAUCAAGAAUUUUUCCAAUUUCCACCUUCUAAAAAUAAUUUUGCUAAAGGGUAUACGUUAAUAAGAUGUUAUACUCCAGAAUUUCAGGAUUUGGAUGUUAUUUUAAAAGCUGCUCUGCUUAUCAGGGAGCAUAUUAAUUUUCCUUAUACAAUUCAUUACUUCAGAACCAACAAUACACAAAACAUUUAUAUGCAUGUUCAUUCUGGGGAACUGUACAAAAAAGUGAAAAAGGAGUGGAAAUUAAUUGAAAAGAACUAAACUGAUUUGUUACUAACUCAAAUCCAUACUAGAGUUUAAUCGAAUUUUUAGAAAAAGCAAAAUGUAAAAAUUAUUUAAUGAUAAAAUUAAUAUAUUGUCACUAUUUCAUUUUUACUAGAUAAAUCUAGAAGCACAAAGAACUGUGUAAGAUUUUUCAUUUUUGCUCAGUACUUUGAUCAUUCAAUAAUAUUUAAAAAUGUGAAACUGAAAUUUUGUCAAUUGAAAUGAAAAAAAAAAAAAAACAUUAUUAAAAAUAAGUUAUGUAAAUAUAACUUUUAAAACUAUAAUGUGAUUUAGCUAUCGAAUGACAUUUUGGGAUAAAAUUACUUACUUCAUUUAAGACUUUCAGAUUAUUUAAUCAAAAUGUUACUAACAAUUUUAAAUAACAACUUUUCUGCAAUAAAAAAUUGCAUUCGGAGGACCAGGAGUCUGACGAUACUAAAGAGAUUGCCAUAACAAUAUAAUUUGCAUAUUCACAAUAUCUUUAUAAAUGCUAAACAUCGUAUAUUUAUUAAAAUUGAACUUCCGCUUCUUUGAAUCAAUUAAUAGAAAUUCUUUUGAAGGUAUACUAAUCAUUUUGCGAAUAAAAUUUAUUUUCCGAAUAAAUGAAACGUCAUAAUGAAGAAUAAUGACGAAGGUUCAUAAUUUGUUUUUGGUACCAAUAAAUUACAAAAGUAAUGUCAAUAAACAUACAUGCAUAUGAAAAUUAUAGUCAGCUAACUGUGUAAAAUCUCGAAAUAUAUUAAAUGUAAUAAUUUUUAAUUUUUGAAAAUAAUUAUAGGUAGUAAAAUUCUUAAUUGAAGUUUACCCCUUUUGUUCAUUCCUAAUUACAUAAAUAUGUUGGAAUCACAUUUGCAAAAAUUAUAGAGAAAGCUGAACUACGUAUAUUAGUUAAUAUUAUUGUGAAUAAAUUAGUUGUUGUCAUGUAUGUUUAUCCGUUAUAGAAAAAUAUGAACUGAAAUCUUUUUCUUGUUAGAAUCCAGGUAAUUAAAAAAUCAAAAUCGAAAUUCAAUGUUUCUCUUAGAUUAAGUGUUUGCAUGUAAAGCUUGGAUAUUUUAACUUGUUUGCUGAGUGUUAAGUAAGGUUCCACAAAUACUUAAUAUGUUAAGCACUUUAAUGUUGAAUCAUUAGUUGUUUUGACUGGCAGCAUCAAAAUUUUUAAAGAAGAAUAGUACCAGUGGAAAAUAUUAUUCUUUAUUUAUAAGAUGUUUUUCAACAUUAUGAAUGCCGGACACUAUUGUGAAGAUAUCGUAUUAUUAUUUUCGAUAUUUUAUGCUAGUAAUGGAGCAGACUGUCUUCAUCAUUUCAUCUUCUUUCAAAUUUUCUACGUGUGUUUACGUUUAAGCAAGGAUGUGAAUAAAUUAAAUCUUGUUAUGUAUGUUUACUCUUUAUAGAAAAACAUAAGCUGAAAUCGUUUUCCUGUUCGAUCCAGGUUAUUAAAAUAUCAAAAUCGAAACUCAAUAUUAGUCUUAGACAAAGCGGCGUCUGCAUGUAAUACUUGGAUAUUUUAACCUUCUUGCUUAGUAUUAAAUAAGGUUCUUCCACAAUAUUUAAUAUGUUGCUCAAGUUAAUGUUGAAUCUUUAGUUGUUAUUUUGUUUGUUUAGUUGUUGUUUAGUUUAGUCAAAAUUUUAAAAGAAGAAUAGCAGCGGUGGAAAAUAUUAUUCUUUAUUUACAAGAUGUUUUUCACCAUUAUGAAUGCCGGACACAAUUGUGAAGAUAUCGUAUUAUUAUUUUCAAUAUUUUAUGGUAGUAAUGUAUCAUACUGUCUUCAUCAUUUGAUCUAUUUUCAAACUUUUCGCACGCAUUUACAUUUACGUAAGUUUUUUGUUUAAAAAAUGAACCUAAAUUAAUUAGCACUGAUAAAUAGAUGUAUAAAGAAUUAAGAACGUAAAAAUAUUAGAUAUUUGGUACUGGGAAAAACACCUUUAUAUUAAUUAAUCACUUACUAUAGGGAAUGAUUAAUAUUCAGCAAGUAAUUAUGAAUUUCAGUAUCCAUCAUUAAAUCAAUCAUGUUAAUUAGUUUGUUUUUAGUUUUAAUUAAGAGUAAAAAAUCUAUGAAAAUUUUAAUCUUUUGAUAAAAAAGAACUUAAUAAAUUGAUUUUGUACAUAUUAUGUAGUGAUUGUGUAAAUAGUAUGUAGUGAUUGAUUGUGUAAAUACUAUGUAGUAAUUGAAUAUGUAAAUAAUACGUUGAAAUUAAUUAUGUAAAUAUGUUGAUAUUGAUUUUAUAAAUAUGCAAAAUAAACAUUGAUUAU